AUGGCCCAACUUGAGAACCUACCGGACGAGCUCUUGCUUGAUAUCGCGCUGCGCCUUCAGCCACCCGAUCUUAAAGACCUAGCUCUAGCUGCACGCCACUUUGGCGACAUCGCGCAAGAAGCUCUACACACUUCCAUCAGUCUGAGGAAGUAUUACCAGUCUCUUCUGGAACUCCUCAGAACCCUAGUAAAAAGGCCAGAUCUCGCUAAGAAGGUCCGCUCUUUGGAAAUAACGGGACAUUGUGGUGUUCAGCCAAUUUACAGAUUAGCUAUAAUCUAUGAGGACUGCUGGGACCAGGUCGUCACGCACGCAAUAAAGUCGACACGAUCUUGGCCCAUCGACCAGAUGAAGUGGGUUAGCAGCGUCAAAUAUGGCAAUCUUCAUGCUUGCAUUGGCCUCCUGCUGGUGUUAACAGAUCAGCUGCAGACUCUCAUGUUCUGCUCUGGAGAGAACGAGGAUUUCAUGACGCCGCCGAGCCUGAGUCUGACGUUUCCUGGCAUAGCCGAAAGGCAUGCUGUUACUGCUCAUGAUAUUCCGCUUCUUCCACAGCUCCGAAGGCUAUCUGGCGCUUGGGGUGAGAUGAACAGGUCUUGGUCUGCUUUUCCCAAACUGCUACACCUGGAACUCGAUUGUACAGAGCCCAUAGCAUGGGACAAAGAACCAGUUAUCCUAUUCCAUGGUAUCACUGCCUUGACACUACAUCGCCCAACACUUUACGAAUCCCAACCAGCGAAUGCACAAGACCUCUCGCCUUUCUUCCAGCGGUUCCCCGCCCUGAGGUCUUUGCACUUGUGUUUUACCAAUUGGAUAGAACAUCAUAACAACAUGAGUGGUGGUAUUGGGUUUGCUUACGGCUAUUAUGAGUAUGACAACCUAUAUUACGCCACCUACAAUCGGGAACGCAUAUGCUAUCCUGGGCAAGGAUUUACGAGUUCCAUCAUCAUCGAUCCGCUGAUCCCUGCCUCACAUCUUCUGGAAGAGCUGGAUCUAAAGUGCUCUGACACCGGAGAUUCUAAACAGAUCGACUACCUCCGACCAUCGCGAUCGUUGCAACGUUUCACUUUAAUAAAGCGCCUAUCCAUUCCGCAAAGUGUUCUCAUCAACUCAACCCCCUACGAAUGUUCCCCUCUCCAUCCGUUCGAGGCGCUGCCGCCGAAUGUAGAGUACCUUAAUGUGGCUGAUCCGACUACCGCUGUGAUAGAGUGGAUCUCGGGAGUUCUGGAUGACCGCAGCAAGCUGCGCAGCUUGAAAAGAAUAUCUCUCGACUUCGAUAACGACCCGAAGCAGCGAGUAAAGGACUAUGAAGAGGCUGGAGUGGAGAUUUCUGGUCGGCUGCUGGAGGCAGGCAUAUCCGUGCACUUCGAGAACGUACGUUCAGUCUGUCUUCAAGCUUGCUUCAAAGAGUGA